AUGGCCGAGAUAUUCUUUUCGUCAGACAUUGCAGAUAAUGUGAAGGGGAAGGUGGUUGUGAUGACAGGUGGUGCGCAGGGAAUUGGAGCAGCAACACUUUCCCUACUGUAUGAAAGAGGCGCCCAUGUUUAUUUCGGCGACGUGGACGAUGUCAAGGGCCGUCAAAUGGUCAGUCAUAUCCAGUCAAGUAUACCGCACAGUAGCGGAUCGGUACAUUUCCAGAAGCUCGAUGUUCGCAACUACAACGAACAACUACAACUCUUCAAGACACCUUACGAAGAGAGAGGCCAUGUUGAUAUUGCAAUAUCCUGCGCUGCUGUCAUAGAACCUAACGGUUGGUUUGGGCCAGACCAACUUACCCUCGAGGCGGUGGAGACGGAAGCCCAGCCGCUCAAGAGUGCCAUCGACAUCAACCUCACAAGCGUCGUUCUCUUUUGUCGACUAGCAAUUGCCUUUAUGAAGGCAGACAAAGACCAGCCCAAGUCAAAUGACUUCUCCAAGUCUAUUGUCUUGCUAUCUUCUAUCGCUGGGAUAACCGAAGCCGCAGGUCUCUUCGCCUACAGCGCUUCAAAGCAUGGCAUUAUAGGACUGAUGAGAUCCUUGCGGGCGCUGGCUUCAGCCAAGUACAACAUCCGCAUCAACGCCGUGUGUCCCUGGGCCACAGAUACGCAGAUGAUCGAUAACGUCCGUUCGAUCUGGGACGAGCAUCAUCUCCCGCUGAAUACGCCCAAUGAUGUUGCGCAGUUCAUCACUCAGCUGGCAACUGACACAUCUUUGAGCGGGAAAUCUGUUCUUGUCGCUGGCGGUAGAGGGUUUGAUACAGAGGAAGGGAUUGAUAGAACAAUGUCUGUGUGGUUUGGCCCUCUUACGGAAGAAUUCUGGCGUGGGCAAAAGGCCUUUGGAACUGGUGAUCAAUGGUCUGAUAUUUAA